AACUUAUCAGCUUGUUCUUCUCUAACCAAGAAGAGAAGACAAAACAAAACAAAGCGUCUGUAAUAAUCUGUAACCCCUUCCUGCUGAGCGAUGAAUAUGGCGGUGGCGGGAGAAGCGGAUGCUAUCACGAUCAUCGCUGAUAAAAGCCAAAUCACAACCGUCAAUGCGACCACGGAUUCCGAUGAUGAUAAGGUUAGCAGCAUCAGCCAAAUGGAUUCCGAUGAUGAUAAGGUUAGCGGCAACAACAAGUAUAUACAUGAUGAUCUUUCAUUCUACAUUCUUUCGAAAUUACCAAUCAAAUCAUUGAAGCGUUUUGGAUGUGUAAGAAAAUCAUGGUCCAUUUUAUUUGAAAACCCUAAUUUCAUGACAAUGUUUCGUAAACAUUUCAUCAUAUCUAGUAACAAUGAUGAUGAUGAUGAUUCCGGUCAUACAUUUCUCCUCAUACAUCAUCCUGAAAUGGAUCUCUAUCGCGCACAAUUGCAUUUGCUCCCUCGUGAUCAAACUUUCAAGAAUACACUCAAAUUAAAUUUGCCACCUCCAUUUCAUGAUGAUGACGUUAAUAUUAAUAUUUUGUGCUCCACUAGUGUUAACGGCAUUUUUUGUCUCAAUCAGUAUUAUCGAGGAGGAGAUGCAAAUAAGGUCCGAUUUGUAUUGUGGAAUCCGGCUACCAAUGAAUUUGUGGUCCUUCCUCCUAGCCCUGAUGAGUCGGAACCACGACCACCUGACCUGUCCUCUUAUCAUUCUUUUCAUGGGUUUGGUUAUGACAAAGUUAGAGAUGACAUUAAGGUGUUUCAGUAUGUAAAACUUGAUUACUAUGAUUAUAACAAUUGCCCACCAAUAAUUUUCGACCCUAUGUUUGUGAUAUAUAGUCUAAGAACUAACUCUUGGAGGAUAAUCGACAUUGAUAUGCCUUAUUGGCUUUGUAGUAGUGCAUACCAAGGACUUGAAGUGUACUCGGAUGGAAUGUGUCAUUGGGUAGCAUCACACCUUACUGGUGAAAAGUGUUUACUUUCAUUUGACUUGAGUGAGGAGGUGUUCUUUAUAACACCCAUGGAUGAAAAUUCUGAUUUUUCACACUCUACAAGAUAUCACUUGGUGGUUUUAAAUGGGUCAAUUGCUUUGAUCUCAAAUCAUGAAAGCGCCGAUACUAUUUUCCAAAUAUCAAUCUUGGGUGAACUCCGUGUGAGGGAAUCAUGGAUCAAACUCUUUAUUAUUGGCCCCAUACCUUCCUUUGACUGGAGACCAAUUGGAGUUGGAAAGGAGGGAUAUAUUUUCUUUAGAAAAAAAGAUGAUGAACUAGCAUGGGUUGAUUUGAGCACUCAAAUAGUUGAGGAGAUCGGUGUUAAAGGAGAGGAAAUGAAUUGUAAUAUUGGAACUUACAAGGAAAGCCUUCUUCCAAUUGAAGGUUUAAAUAAUUAGUUGUUUUUUUUGUUUUAGCCCAAAGUGAUGUCAAAGACACUAGUGACUUCAAGCUUGAAAUACACUGUUGUUCCAUCUCCACAUCAGAUGAAAUCCAUUGCAGAAUGGUUGAAAUCAGGCCCAUAUUUCCAAGAAUAAGUUCAGGUUUCUUGAUGGUUUUCUCCCUGCUCCGACAAAUUUGAUCUGAGCUAUAAUGACUCUCAAUAAUCUAGCUAUCACAUUUUUGGAUCUUGAACUCUGCAAGUCCUCCAUCGCCAACACCAUUCCAAGGUUUGGUGAAUUCGAAGAGAAAUGUUUGCAGCAAGAAGUUUAUCCAUUCAAGCAAGGUAUAUUAGUUCUGUAACAACCCACUUGUUUUUUAUUAUACUUCAAAGGCAUAAAUACCCAACUUUGCUUAUCAAUUUUUUAUUGCCUAGGUACUUGGAUCAAUAUAAUUUAAUUGCUAUUAGUAUUACUACUAUCAUAUUAAAUAAUAAUAUCUCUCAUGAUAUUUUUUUUCAAGAGUUGUUGAUACUAAUACUAUGCUAGUGUGUGUGUGUGUGUCUUUGUGAUGGAAUCGGAGAGUAUCGAAUAUGAGACAAGGGAAAAUGAAGUAUUAAUGCAUCAUAGACAAAAUAUAUUAAUUAAUAUAGUUGAAAGCAAUUGUCAAAUGAGUAAAAUGCAAGAAAUGAAAUUAAUACACAUCAAGUCCCCUAAUUAUAAUUAACAUAAUGUUCAUAAAUAUCUAGCUCUAUUUCAAGUUUUAGAUGGAUCGAUGCUUGGUAGAAGAACUGGGUCUGGAACAAGAGCUGCAUUAACUAUACACACGCGCGCGCACACACACACACAUACACACAGGCAUGAUGAAAUUUGCCAGUUAACUAAUGAUACUACCUCUGCUUGGAAUUGCAUAUUUCCUUGAGCUGAUUUGGAAGAUAACAUUUUGACAGCUACCUCCGUCUCAUGAUCAAUCCAGCCAUGAUAGACUGUUCCAGAUGCUCCUUUCCCCACAACCUUUUCAAAGUUUCUGGUAAUGCUUAAUACUUCUUCAUAAGUGAAUUCUUGUUUCUUUGACUCUAGUUCCUGCUUUAUUCUUGAAUAACCACCCAGCUUGCUCACAUUAUGGGAAAGUGAGAAAAACCAAACACAGUUAGUAUCCAAAUAGAAGAAAAAGUAUCACUCGUUUAUAGUGGGAAAAUUUUAUACAUAGACAUAGACGUUGUUUGGCUUUCGCAACAUCAAUAGAAUAAAAACAUGUACCUUGGUGUCUCUUGUAGUAUAAGCGAAAAGAAAUCGUUGCUACUGCUAGCAUCAUGAAAGCACCACCAAGUGAUGCUACUAAUGGAACUACAACCUUAUUGAUCUUGUUACAUGAACCUGAGGAGCAAAGAUUUGGAUUUCCACCAAAACUUGUAUUUACAGUAACAAAUAAUAAUGUUAUUUAUGUGACGUAGUCUACACCACAUAUUUCUUAAAAUAUAAAUAAGAGAUAAAUCACUAUUAGCUAGCUCAUGAAAUGGAACAUACUUGAAUUUGAGCGUACUAUUCUCGGAAUGCGCAAGGAGUUGUAUUGGAAUUGCUCCUGAUAAUUGAUUUCCUUCAAGGUUUCUUCAAACAUUAAACAUUAACAUUAAUUGAAAAUCAAGUCCACCUAGCAUCAUGAAAGCUUCACCAUUCUAUAGAAUUUACCGAGAUGAAGAUAGUUUACUUACAAAACUCGCAAGAAGCGCAUCUGAGAUAGGAAAUCAGGCACAGCUCCAGUCAAACUGUUAUUCGACAAAUCUCUAAAAUUGAAAGCAAACUAUUUUUACUCAACUUUAGGAACAAGUUUCAUUUUUGUGAUCAACUAUAUAUUGACUGUGCUAUUGACCUCAGAUUGGAUAUUGCUGGAGCUAUAUUUCCAAUUAAACCACUAGAAGUUAAGUUCCUAAACACAUGAUUAUCAAGUUCAUUAAUAUGAUUGAAGACUAGAGGAUUAUCAUCAGCAUAUGUAGAAGUAUACGACGUAACGUACAAGUAUACGAUCCUUGGUGAACUAGAUCCAGCAUAUGUACAAGUAUACGACGUAACGUACAAGUAUACGAAGUAACAUUAUCUUUUCUUGACUUCAAAAUUGAAUUUAAACAAAAUCCCCAAAUGGCAUGGAAUUCCCCAGAUCUCAGUCAAAUUGAAGUCCCUUAUCCUCACUUUUCCAGCUAACCCACUGUUCCACUAUUCUUCCAUAUUUCCAUCGUGUAAUACUAUUCCUUUGUCUUUUA